CCCGAGAGUGCAAAGUAGCCUAGCGGAAUUGGGAUACUUGAUCUUUCGCGAAAAUAUCUUGCAGGUGGUUAUAAGGAUGACAUGUUCUUCGGCCUCUGUAGAGUUCAAUACAUCCAGGCCCCUUAUUGUUUCAUCAUCCCCAUUGGAUUUAUACCGCCAUGUUAAACUCUGAGAACAGCGAUUCUUCUGUGAAAGAAGAACCAUACACAGAUUCAACGCCAAAUGUUCCAACGCCUACAUCGGACCAAGAACAGCAGUUAACUGUAGAAUCGGAUGGUGAAGUACAACAAACCCAGCUCCCACCAAGAACAGUCAAUGGCAUUUCAUGGGUUCUUGUCGUAUUCGCCAUGCUUGGGAGCACUUUCCUUUACGCUCUCGAUGGAACAAUUGUAGCUGAUGUAGGCCCGCACAUCAUCACAACACUUGGAGGCCUCGAGAAGAUGCCUUGGCUUGGGACAGCGUUUACUUGGGCCGCCAUGGCAACAAUACUCAUCUGGUCAAAACUGUACUGUCUCUUCGACGCCAAAUAUCUCUACUUGAUUGGCUCCAUCAUCUUCGAGGUCGGAAGUGCACUCUGUGGUGGGGCACCGAAUAUUAAUGCAAUGAUUGCAGGAAGAGCAAUUGCAGGAUUGGGAGCAAGUGGGAUCUACGUUGGCUCAUUGACUUUAUUAUCUGUCAACACAACCGAGCAAGAACGACCUCGGUACAUUGGAUUUACAGGACUCUCGUGGGGAUCCGGUUUCGUUCUUGGCCCAGUCAUUGGCGGUGCGUUUGCCGAAUCCUCUGCCACCUGGCGAUGGGCAUUCUACAUCAAUCUCGUACUGUUCGGCGUCUUCGCUCCCAUUCUAAUCUUUCUUGUACCGUCUUACGAUCCCAAAUCUGGCACUAGAUGCCUUGAACGCGUGAAACAGAUCGACUGGUUUGGAUCGAUCGUUGAACUCGGUGCUACUUUAGCGGGUAUUAUGGCAAUCAGUUUUGGCGGGACGGUAUAUCCUUGGAAUGGUGGAAAAACCAUUGGGCUAUUUGUUGCCAGUGGUGUUGCUUUCAUCGUUUUCUUUGCCCAGCAGUAUCUCAAGAUAUUCACAACGGCCGACAAUCGAAUUUUUCCAAUGCAGUUCCUGAAUAACAAGCAUAUGAUUCUGUAUUGGAUUUUGAUAGCCGCUCCUGCAGCAGCUGUUCUGGGGCCGGUCUACUUCAUACCAAUCUUCUUCCAAUUCGUCCACGGCGAUUCUCCUGUUGAUGCUGCAGUUCGCCUUCUCCCAAUCAUCCUAACCUUUGUUUGUUUCGGUCUCGGUGGCGGAUUUGUUGUGUCCAAGACUGGUCAUUUCUAUCCAUUAUACUUUACUGGGGGUAUAUUUGCUACAGUUGGAGCUGUGCUCAUGUUCACGGAUAUCGAUCUCUCUUCUGACUCCGACAAGCUGUACGGUUAUAGCGCUCUGAUUGGUAUCGGUGGUGGUGCAGCAGGCCAGUUAUCGUAUUCAGCUGCACAGUUCAGGGUGGAUCCUAAAGAUAUUCCAGCUACCAUUGGCUUCAUUUGCUUCGGACAAUACACCGGGCUCACACUUGCCCUUUGCAUAUCUGGGGCACUCUUCAACAAUUUCGCCCAAAACUAUGUUACUGACUUGCUUCCACCUGGUACUCCCAUUGAUAUCAUCAGAGCAGUCAUCCAGGGGCUCGAUGAUUCAUUUCUCGAAACGCAGAGCGCUGAGACCAGGUUGCUGAUUCUUGAGGCUGUUGUGGAGGCGAUUAAGAAGACAUAUCCUGUAACUAUUGCUGCCGGGUGCCUGAUGAUAACUGCUACACUCUUCUUGGAUCCUCGCGAUAGAGCUGUAUUUAAGUAACAUUAAGGGUGGGCAACAGGGGACGGGUAGCAUGUCUCAAAAGAGAGGCAGG